AUGAGCGCACAGGGUAUCUUUUCCGACGUUGUCGGGCUCUCGUAUCAUUGUAACUCCACUAUUGGUGUUACCGCGACGGACUGCACAUACUCCUAUGAUGAUGGUGCCGUCGUUACGUUCUCUAUUGGAGACCUGGUAAUCGGACAGUCUGUUGGCAAGAACUUCCUUACCAUCUACGACCUGGUCCCCAUUGAAACGUCCUAUUCCGAUCCCAAAUUGAUCAAUCGAGCGAGGCUUCUCUUCAGCUUUACCACGGGUCAAGGAUUAGAAGCCCCGAUUAUUAUUGAUAGCAAGAUUCGAGAGGCUAUCAAGAAGUAUGCUUCUCAGAUCGAUUUGGAUUCUCGCAACUUGUCAGACAUUGAUGUCCCUCUCGCCGGUAUCUGCAAUGAGUUGGGCCUUUUUCCCAAGACCGUGUCGCAUACUCGAAACCAUCUGCGACGUUACGAAGCGGGCUUCAAGGUAAUGCGCGAUUUGAAGAUCCCCACGCAGGAUGGAAGCUAUGUACUGGGAGAUGUGUACUUGCCUCUGCAACCGGAAAAGAGAUAUCCUGUCUUAGUUAGCUGCACCAUAUAUGGCCGUCGGGUUUUCUAUUCCGGCCCAAACCUGGAGAGCCAGGAUGAAAUUGCCGCUUUUGAGCGGGCUGAGGAUGAGUGGCAUUCAACUGCCUCCACCGUCGAAAUACAAGUUCCGAGAGAACCCUGGGGCAAAAGCUGGGCAUUGCAAAGAGGCUUCGAAAAUAUUGGGACCUUCAACACUUUCACUUACGUGCCCCGCGGGUAUGCAAUGGUGAAAGUUGAUCCGAGGGGCGUGUCCCAGACACCGGGUACUAGAGGUAUACCAGGCCAGAUUACCAGCGAUUUCCGUGAUGCUGUCGAAUGGGCCGCCGAGCAGAGCUGGAGCGACGGUAAUGUUGCUAUGGUCGGAAGCUCUUACGGUGCGAAUACCCAGUGGGAUGUUGCGCGCUUGAAGCCCAAGGGGCUGAAGUGUUUCGUGCCUUAUGCGACGGAUCUCGAUUUAUAUCGUGAAGCGGCUUAUACUGGAGGGAUCCCUGCCAUCACUUACCUGGCCGAUUGGUUUUCUCGGGUCCAAGCAUGCUCACCUCAAUGGGGGGAAAGUACGGACCUUAUGCAGUUGAUGAACGAACAUCCCUUCUAUGACGCAAUUUGGGAAAUGACCAAUAAAAGUUUGGACCAGUGUGACAUACCUUGUUUCCUAGCCGCUGCUCAAAUUUUCAUGAUCCACGGCCGAGGUGCGUAUGAAGCGUGGAGAGCCUGCAAUGCAGAAAACACUCACCUCCAGCUCGUUGCGCGCGACUAUUAUCCCUGGCCUAGCCGUGAAUCUGCAGGGAAGAUAAUGCAAUUCCUUGACCACCACCUGAAGGGAAAUGAACAUCCGAAGCCGGAGACAGUCGGAAUCCACGUCCGACUGGGGCACGGAAGAUGGUAUUGGCGGAAGGAAAAGACCUGGCCGGUACCUGGUAUUCAGUACAAGAAAUGGCAUCUGACAGCAGAGGGAAUGCUUGCGACGGACCCGGGCCAAGAUCCGGCCACGGAGUUUGCCUAUUCCACCAAAGCGCCGGUGACGGGCAAGUCGGGGGUUAGCUUUUACUCUUCUCCUUUUGAGGAAGAUGUCGAAUUCGCGGGUCACUUUAGUGCAACCCUGAGUAUCUCCUCGUCUGCGCCUGAAGCGGACGUGGUGGUGACUUUAUGGCCCGUGCAUGGAGACGGGCAGGUGGUCCCAUUGGGCGCAAGGGGCCAGCCUGAACCACUGGCGAAAGGCUUCCUGCGUGCAAGCCAUCGCAAGACCGAUGGCGCUAAAACGCUCCCGGAAAGGCCAUGGCACACACAUACAAAGGCUGACAAUGCGCCACUACACCCCGGUGAGGCGGUCCAGAUUGAUGUUGAAAUCUACCCGGCGGCAGCAAAGAUCCGGAAGGGAUGGAAGCUCCGAGUCGAUAUUACCCCUUCCGAGGAUCAACCUGACAUCCCAGGCUACAUCAAGCCAGAUUUUAGAGUGAUGUAUGGCGAAGUUCAUGAGAAGGGGACAAAUACCAUCCUUGUUGGAGGAGGUCGAACUAAUUAUGUGCUUUGCCCUGUGGUGCCGCCAAAGGAGGACUAUCCUAAUGUGAUUCUUUGA